AGGUGUUUCAGUUUCAGGGAGUUCCAUAGUUGGGAUUUGGAAGGCAGAGAGAUCAGCAUGACAGAAGCAGAGAUGAGCAGCAGAAACAGAAGAUGGUCUCUCGAGGGAAUGACCGCUCUCGUCACCGGAGGAAGUCGAGGCAUAGGGCAUGCAAUUGUGGAAGAAUUGGCAGCAUUUGGGGCAACAGUUCAUACAUGUUCUCGAAACCAAGAGGAGCUAGAUCAACGGUUACAAGAAUGGAAAAACAAGGGCUUUAAAGUCAGUGCAUCCCUCUGUGACGUGUCAUCGCGGUCUCAGCGCACUCAACUCAUGGAGACAGUCUCCUCUAUCUUUGACGGCAAGCUUAGCAUCCUUGUAAACAAUGCUGGAACAAUUAUUCUCAAGGAAGCUACAGAGUGUACAGCUGAAGAUUUCUCCACUAUAAUGGGCACCAAUUUUGAGUCAGCUUAUCAUUAGACUCUUAGUCAACUUGGACACCCUCUCUUGAAAGCAACCGGGAAUGGAAGCAUUGUAUUCAUCUCUUCCAUUUCCGGUCUAUUGGCCCUACCUGCUUCUUCUAUCUAUGCGGCAUCUAAAGGGGCAAUGAAUCAAGUCACAAAAAAUCUGGCAUGUGAAUGGGCAAAGGAUGGCAUUCGUGUUAAUACAAUUGCACCGUGGAUUAUCAAAACCUCACUCCUCCAUGUUAUAGACGAUCAGCCUAAUAUAAAGGAAAAUAUGUCACGCUUGAUCUCCAGAACUCCUAUUAGUCGUCCAGGGGAGCCCGAUGAGGUUUCACCAUUGGUGGCAUUUCUUUGUUUCCCCGUCGCUUCGUACAUCACUGGGCAAGUGAUUUGCGUCGAUGGAGGAUAUAAAGUAACUGGCUUUUAAUUUAUUUGUUUCUCGUGUUUCAUUUUGUGUGGUCUUUGGGUUGUAAAAAUAAAAGGAAGUUGUUGGAUUGAGACAUUAUGCUUUCUGAAGGGGUUUUUCUUUUUGAAUAAGUAGGGGCGUUUCUGUCUUCCCCAUUGUUUCAUACGUUACUAGGCAAGUUAUUUGUGUUGAUGGAGGGUUAAACAAAAAUGUUCUCUUCCGAGUUGGCCCCAUUUCAGAACUUGAGAGAGUGUAGACCGUGAAAUUCGAAAAUACUGGCCCAUUUUCAUACAA